AUGCCUUACGAACCGGCGCUUGCGAAAAUCCUGGGGGAAUCAACAAAGGACAAGGGGGAAAAACAUCCAUCGUCCAACGCAGCUAGCUGCAGCAGUCAGGUACAGGGAGGGCGUGAAGUCGUCCCCAUUGCUGGCUGCAGCAAGCGGUCCCGUUCGAAAGGUUGCACCCCCGAACAGGCACCGAAAAAGCCGAGAAGUGGUGGGCAGGCUCCGACGUAUGGAGCGAUUGCGGGGAGCUCUAGGAGGGGAAGAAGCUAUUACAACCACGAACCAAAUGUCACAUCUACUCCAUCUACCAGAGAAGUAAAACAAAAUGGAAAGAGAGUCAAUGAUAGAAGAAUUGACGAAGCCUAUGAAAUAAUGAAACAAACGGUAUUCAAGAAAGCAAAUAAGAAUAACAAUAAUAUAUUUGGCGACUAUGUGCCGACAAAACUGAAUGUAUGUAACCGUGACCAUCACACAGCCGGAGGUAGUCAAACUUAUCAUCACAUCUAUCUCCAGCAUCUGUCACAACGAUCGCGCAACAUGCAAAACAUUUCAAAGCCUAGGCAUGGAGUGAUGUUCAUCGGUAUUAAAUUCAACAUAAACCGUAAUUCACGCUUCUCAGUUUGGCGGCGGGUACAGUUGAAGUGGAGUCCCUGGAGGGCCAGUCCAGACUCUGAGAACUCGGAAGCACUCGUUGCUGCCUUUCACAAUCGAAUCCUUCGUGGUCGCCCUUCACAGGGAUAUCCUCUCACCGUUGUUAUGGUAACUGAUAUUCGGGGCCUAAAAUAUACACCAGUAGGGGACAUCUAUUAUAAACUUCGGUUGUCUGAUGAAUGAAAAUUACUUUCGCAAAGAAAAUCUCAAAUUGACAUUAUUGCCUGGACAGUGUUGGACCAUCUGUAUAAAGAUAAAAUUCCAAUAUCUGCGCGAAAAUAUUCCGACCUUCAAGAAAUUAACUGUACUAUUCCAGGAGACUAUCACCAUUUUUAUAAUAAUUUGCCACACCUGUGAAUUUGUAGAUGUUUUAGUUUAGAUGUUUUGAUCAUUAAGAGUACACUAAAAUAAAUACCUAUUCUACUAAAAAUAAAAGUUGCUAACUCCAAAAUUCCUUAUUUUCUAUUCAAAUGAAC